UAACAGUCCAAAAACGAACGCAUUACGAAAAGGUAGAAAAACGCGAUUUUUCAAUAAAUAACUUCCCGUUGCUGUUGUUAUGCGACCGUAAUUGUAUAGAACGGAAUACAGGAAGCUGGCGGGUGGCAAAAGCGCACCAACGAUUAAACAAAAUCUCGGGUAAUAAUAUCAAUAGAGUGGAAAAUAUUCAAAGUGCUACACUUUUUCGGCUCGGUGGAUGAUAGUUUGAAUUUUGCGCUUAAUUAUCGUCGUUGAUUGCGCAUUUAAUUUCGGUACAUACGUACAUACAUUCAUAAACGUGGUCUAAGUGCAAGAGGUGGCAAGAAAUAUGGCAGGAGGCUACGGUGGUUACGGCAACAGACAUCACGUCAAAAAUUUUUCGUCAUUACAUACGGCCGCAUUGUGGGCUGGAAUACUCAGCUUGUUUCAGUCACUAAUAUGGAUUGGCCUAACCAUUGUCGGUAUUUUAUCGUACACUUGCAAUGUGCCGAUAUAUUCAGAAUUCACCUAUGGCUCGGUAAUGGAAUAUGCCUUUUACACGAUAUACUUCAAAGGAUCCUGCAUUCCGACGGGCUAUCAGCAAUUCGAUAAUACAAUGAUGACGUCAGUGGAUACCGUAUUGUCGCCGGAGGACAUUUUGAUUUGGGAUUGUGUGUACUUGGGUGUGGCAGUGUUUUGGUUCGUUGCAUCGGUGUUGCUGUUGGUUUUUGUGAGGAAGGACAACAUCAAAUAUACGAACUACGUCAUUUGCGCCUGGGUCAUAACGAUUUUGUGCAUCAAUCUGAUGGAUCUGGGGUUGGGCAUAAUAUUUGGCCUUGACUAUGGCAAAUUCAAUCGCGCCGCUUACAAUUACAAUUUGUCCUCUAUAAAUUCGGGCACAAUUAACGCACAAGCAGUCCAGCUGGUAGCUGGAGGAGUGGCAGCCAUUUCAUUGAUGAUAAUCUCCUUUAAAGGAUUCAUAUUAUGGCUUAUCAACGUCGGUUUGAUGUGUUAUCUGCUGGCUCUUGUACACCGGAUUGCCCUCGAUAAGGACAGUAAUGACACAUUAUUCAUGCCACGCAAGGAUUCAGAUGACACUCCAAUCGAUCGUCCACCCAUCAAUGCAUAUGAAGAACAAACCAUCACAACAAAAGUGUACACCAAUGACGCCUUUGUGCCUGACAAUCGUUCUGUAGUAACCGUUGAAUUGAACCAAGAUGCUCUGGCUCGAGCGGCUCGCAUGUCUUCCGAUAUAUCUGAGAUGGGAAGUCGCUUCCGCAAUGUGGACGCCUUCCAGCAGUACCCACCGCCGCGAUAUAAUAACAACAACAACGCUUCAAAUAAUAAUAACUUCACCAAGCAAGUGUCGAUAAAGGAGAAUGGCAUUACAUUACAUUCUCCCGGUGUGAUAUCACCGUUCCCAGCACCUGACUACACCCCACCGAUGUCGCGUUCAAAUAACGUUGGGGUGCGCAAUCCACGUUACCAGUAAAUGUGUGGGUGACUAUUCAUGCCGUGCGACUUCAUUUUAAUUUUACCAACUAAAUUUACAUAAUUUAAGUGCCAUCAAUAUUAUACAAAAAUACAUACACACACUUACAUAUCAAGCUCGCGUGCUGCCGAUCGUUCAAUUACAGUUGAACGCCGCCAUUGCAUCUCGCUCUCUAAAACAGUCUUUGCCUCUUUCAUCAACCCGCAGCAACUUCUACAAAUACUUCUGUUCUACAUUCGGUGUUUUCUUCAGCAAUUCAUUAAUACGUACAUAUGUAUACAAAAAUGAACCUAUUUUUAGA